GCAUGACAUGCAGUCGGGUUGAGAGCUGCAUCUUUCGUAUCCACACAUCGUUCGGUCACCCAUGGACACAUCGUUCCAAUCCAUGCAGCCCAAUUUGCCAAAAGGAAACCACACGCCCAUCUGCACAGCCAAGUACACGACCCAUUCGGUGGAGCACGUCUGCUUUCGGUCCCAGGGUGCAGAAGAGGUCUGCGAUGCACCGCCCGUGGCGGGGGUGGGGGGCGUGGUGGGCAUGGCGGGUGGGGGCUGGGGCGCUUAGUGGGAGAAGGAGGGGGAGGGGACGGGCCGGUCGACCCAGGUCCACGGCUCGGAGAGGGGGAUCUCGACAGGGGUCCACCCGUGCCACUGCAAGAGGUCGACGCGGCCCUACAGACAGACAGACAGACGGACAAUCGAUGAGCCAGGAUGUGUGUGUGGACAGUCUUUCUGGGUGGGUGGGUGGCUGGCUUACGUGCCACAACUCGAAGCGGGGAUAGGAACCGUCGGGCAGCUGGACAUCGGGGUGAUGGCCCAGCCGCUUCUUGUGGAUCAGUUCCACCUUCCCCUCGAGGAUCUGAGGGAGCAAUUCAAUAAGAGAGAACAACAGUCAUCCGAUGGGCGCGUCUCCUUCAUCCAUCGAUUCGCGCACUUUGGGUUUCGGUCCUCCCUUGAGCUUCUUGAUCUCCUCGCGGGUGGGGAAGCGGCUGCCGGGCUUCAUGUCGGCCAGCACCCGUUCCUUCAGGCACUCGAGCGUCUUCUCUGGCAGGCGCCGGUGCUGCUGGAGUGGGUCUUUCACCGGCACCCUCCCGCUGCACGCACAAACACGACAGACAGAGAGAGAUUGAGGCGAGAUUCGUGACGUGCCAGUGUCCCUGAAUUCCCGUGCAGAUGCACUCACGCGCAGGCAGCGUCAAUCAUCGCCUCUUGACAGGCGACCGCCCACGCCGGGCUGCCGGCGAAGGCCUUCGUGGUGGUAAAGGGGGUCAGGCCCCGCCCAAGGCGGGCAAUGGCGGAAUCUCUAGCAGGCUCCACCAGUGCCACUUCAGGUUGGGCACUCAGCCCUACAGACAGACAGUCGAUGAGCCAGGAUGUGUGUGUGUGAGGCCUUCAGCACAACACAGAAGCCUUCCGUCAUGUCACUGUGCAUGUUUUGCCUGCCUGCUGCCCACCUGCAGCGGCCACCGAUGCGUCCGUCAUGCUAAUGGGACCUGCACAACGGCACACACACAGCUGAGAUGCGAAAUGCACUGACGGAUGUGCCAAGGACUCUCUUGUGCGCUCAACCGCUCAGGAGCCAGCUCAGCUUCCAAGCUACCAAAUUUGGAGCACUUGGCAAUCAAUGGCACCGGGAUUGCGAUGUCUGCUGCCCUGCUGAGCUUCUCCACGAGCCGGUGCUUUCAGCAACACGAGCACAGGCCGCGAGGGUCGGUGGAGCAGCUUGAGGGCGGUUGGCUCAUCCACAGCGGACGAGGCUCAUUGCCGCUGCUUCCGUGAGGCUCUCAACGAUCCAGAAUGCGUCGAAAUUCCCCCAUCGGUCUCAUUUUGCGAGCUUGAAAUUGCGGGCCGUUCGGCUUUUUUCGCUUCGUUCGCGAGUUUUCUCGAGGGAUGUGUGUGUGCCAUUGCACAGA